AUGACAGCACUCAAGGACUUAGGACUUGAAGCGAUGAAUGUUACGCGGUUAACAAACAAAGACGGCAACAAUCCGACACGAACAGUGAAAAUGAUGUUCGUCGAUGCCGAAAACCGAAAUACCUUUGUCCACACAGGUCUACAAGUGGAUUCGAUGCAUUUUCCAGCCGAGCCAGCCACACAAAACACCAAGCCAGUGAAAUGCUAUAUCUGUAUGCAAUACAACCAUCUAGCUAAGUACUGCAAAACCAAAAAGCAGGUGUGUGCACGUUGCGGAGAAAAUCAUCGGCUUGACCAAUGCACAGCGUCUACAGACACGUCCAAAUGUCGCAACGGCAAUCAUCUCACCUCGUCUGUAGACUGCCCAAAAUAUAAGGAACAGGAGAAAAAAAGCGCGAAACUUGGUCAACCGACUAUUCAUCAACCUUCAACAAAAGGUCGAGAAACUGGAAAAGCUUAUUGCCUCCAGCGAAUCGACCACAUCCAUCCCAACAACUACCACAGAUCAACUGACGCCAACGAAUUCGACUUCAUCAAACGACAAGACAAUGACUGUUGUGCAAAGCAGCAAUGGAGACGCCUCGAAAGAGAGUCAAACAGCUAA